UUUAAUCCUUCAUUUCUGCUAUCCUUUUUCUCACAAUCUCCCGUUCUCUCUAUUUAGUUUUUUCUUCCUCUGCCACCGUCGCCAUGUCUCUCCUCUCCGAUCUCAUCAAUCUUAACCUCACGGACACCACCGAGAAGAUCAUUGCCGAAUACGUAUGGAUCGGAGGAUCGGGACUCGAUUUGAGAAGCAAAGCUAGGACUCUUCCGGGACCCGUGACCGAUCCGGCGAAACUCCCCAAGUGGAACUACGAUGGUUCCAGUACGAAUCAAGCCACCGGAGACAACAGUGAAGUCAUCUUACAUCCUCAGGCGGUUUUCAAGGAUCCUUUCAGAAGAGGGAACAACAUCUUGGUGAUGUGUGAUGCCUAUACGUCAGCUGGCGAGCCGAUUCCCACCAACACGAGAUUCAACGCCGCCAAGAUUUUUAGCGAGCCGGACGUUGUUGCGGAGGAACCUUGGUUCGGAAUUGAGCAGGAAUACACUCUCCUCCAAAAGGAUACACGCUGGCCCCUUGGUUGGCCUGUCGGUGGCUUCCCAGGCCCACAGGGUCCUUACUACUGUGGGACAGGAGCAGACAAGGCCUUCGGUCGAGACAUCGUGGAUGCUCACUAUAAGGCCUGCCUUUAUGCCGGAAUCAACAUUAGUGGAAUCAAUGGAGAAGUCAUGCCUGGACAGUGGGAAUUCCAAGUCGGUCCUACCGUUGGUAUUGCUUCUGGUGAUCAGAUAUGGAUCGCUCGAUACAUCCUCGAGAGGAUCACAGAAAUGGCAGGAGUCGUUCUCACCUUCGACCCAAAGCCAGUUCAGGGUGACUGGAAUGGCGCUGGUGCUCACGCCAACUACAGCACCAAGUCAAUGAGAGACGACGGUGGUAUUGAAGUGAUCAAGAAGGCCAUUGAAAAGCUGAGUUUGCGCCAUAAAGAGCACAUUGCUGCCUAUGGAGAAGGCAACGAGAGGAGGUUGACAGGCCGCCACGAAACUGCUGAUAUCAACAACUUCUCUUGGGGAGUUGCAAACAGAGGAGCCUCAGUCCGUGUUGGGCGAGACACUGAAAAGGCCGGCAAAGGGUACUUCGAGGAUCGAAGGCCAGCUUCGAACAUGGAUCCUUACGUGGUGACUUCCAUGAUCGCCGAAACAACCAUUCUGUGGAAGCCCUAAACAGACUGAAUCGGACGACGGCGUUGUGGCUGCAGUUUGUCUCUCCGUUUGAUGCCUUUAAUUGCAGUUGAUUGGUGGCUAAACUAAAUAUCUAUUUGUUUUAUGUGCAUUGUGAUUGUGUGUCCGGGUAUUGCUUUUGAACUAGCAAACUCGUAUAUGCUCUAUUACGGAAUAAUUUAUUUUCUUUUUUAAGGUUUCA